CCGCCCGCGCCUACCAGGUCCUUGAUCAUAUCAUUCCCUCGAAUGAUACUUCCUCCGCUUCUGCUUCCGCUACUGUCACGGAUAACCUCACCCCAGAACAAAUUUUGGAGGCCGCCGCCGCCAAAGCUGAAUCCCUCUCUCUUUGGAAUCGCUUGGACGCCAUUGUUCUCCAAUGGAUCUACGGGACUAUAUCUCACGAUCUGUUACACACUAUUAUUGAACCGGAUUCCACGGCUCAACAAGCUUGGGAGCGUCUUGCUGACAACUUUCAAGACAACAAAAACUCUCGGGCUGUUCAUCUUGAGACUCAAUUCUCAAACACCCGUCUUGAAAAUUUUGCCAAUGUCACCUCCUAUUGCAAAGCUCUCAAAACUAUCGCCACUCAGCUGGCCAACGUGGGUUCCAAAGUUGAUGAACCACGUCUUGUUCUGCGGAUGGUCAACGGCUUGACUGAAUCAUAUGAUACAGUUGCUUCAAUUAUCCAGCAGUGUAACCCUCUUCCCCUAUUCUACAAGGCUCGUUCUAUGAUUCUUUUGGAAGAGACCCGUAAGGCUCAGCAAUCUGGAGUCACAUCUGCGGCUGCUUUGGUUCAUACCGGCAGUCCAUCUCCAGCGACAACUUCUCCUCGCCCGACUCGAUCCGUUUCUCAUGGUCGGGGUCGUACAUCUCGCUCCAACAAACCCCGCAAUUCGGUCCCUACACAUGGAGCUUCUGGUCAUUCGGCCAGCCUCUGGCCCAUGCCACCUCCAUGGGCUUAUUAUCUCCCAAAUCAAUGGACUCCUCCAUGCCCCUAUCCCACUACUGGCACGGGUUCUAUGGCUCCUCGUUUUGCAAAUCCUGGCGCCGGUAUUCUUGGACCUCGACUGACGCAGGCUCACACUGCCAGUUACAUGCAACCCACCGACAUUGCCGCCGCCAUGCACACCAUGUCACUUACUCCUCCUGACACAAACUAGUACAUGGACACCGGCGCAACAUCACAUAUGACGGCGAAUCAAGGUACUCUUGCGUCUUAUUUUUCUGACAGUCCUAAUAGUCAUAUUAUUGUUGGUGAUGGUAAUCGGAUUCCUGUUUUGGGUCGUGGUCACACCACCCUUACCCCACCCCACCCCCCUCUUACUCUCCGUCACGUUCUUCACUCCCCCAGUCAUGUUAAAAAUUUAAUUUCUGUCCGUCGUUUCACUACGGAUAAUCAUGUUUCAAUUGAAUUUGACCCGUUUGGUUUUUCUGUGAAGGAUCUCCGGACGGGCACUCCGGUCAUGAGGUGUAAUAGUUCAGGAGACUUGUACCCCGUCCUCCCAUCCACACUUGCUUCAUCUAGUUAUGCAUCAUCCUUCUUGGUUGUCCCGGCGGAUAUCUGGCAUAAUCGUCUCGGUCACCCAGGGGACCCCAUUUUUAGUCAUCUUAGCACUAAUAAAUUUAUUACUUGUAAUAAAGUAUGUUCUACUUCCUGUAUCUCGUGCCAACUCGGCAAGCAUAAUAAAAUUCCAUUUCCUACUUCUACGACUACUACAUAUGCUCCGUUUGAUAUAAUACAUAGUGAUCUAUGGACUUCUCCCGUUUUAAGUUCUUCGGGACACCGAUAUUAUGUAUUAUUUCUCGACGACUACACUAAAUUUUUGUGGAUUUUUCCCCUCCACAAUAAAUCUCAAACUUUCUCCACCUUUGUCAAUUUUCACACCUAUAUACGCACACAAUUUGAGCGUAAUAUUAAAGUUUUCCAAUGUGAUAAUGGCAAAGAAUUUGAUAACUCUCUUUUUCGUCAACAUGGACUUAAUCAUGGCAUGCAUUUCCGAUUUUCUUGUCCCUACACCUCACCCCAAAAUGGUAGGGCUGAACGUACUAUUCGGUCAAUCAAUAAUAUUGCCCGCACUUUACUAAUCCAUGCGUCUAUCCCUCCCACCUUCUGGCCUCACGCCGUCCAAAUGACCACUUAUCUACACAAUAUUCUCCCAUCCCAAACCCUCUCUUUUGCCUCCCCUACCGAAAUUUUAUUUCAUAGAAAUCCCGACUACUCUCACUUACGUGUUUUCGGGUGUCUAUGUUUUCCCCAUACUCCACCACAUCAAAUUCAUAAACUCCAAUCUCGGUCUACUUCGUGCAUAUUUCUUGGCUACCCCCCUAAUCAUAAAGGGUAUAAAUGUUAUGACCCUCAAACCAAUAACAUAAUUAUUUCGAGGCACGUCACUUUCCUUGAAAACCAAUUUCCCUAUAAAACCAAUUCCGCACCUCAUUCCUGGCCUACCCCACUUCCGAAUGACUCUGCUCACCCCCUUAUCCAUAAUUUUCUACAAAGUGAC